UCUUUUCACCCGCGGCCUCUCAUCAACUCUCUCUCUCUCUCCCAUUAGUCAUUGAGUCGUUUCAGCGUUUCAUUCUAUUCUAGGGUUUCUUCCACCCUCUCUCCGCCUUCUCCAAAUCCCCAAACUCCAUGGCCGAGAUCAUGAACAUGCCGGUCGAGUCCUUGGACCGCCGUCGCGACCGCAAAGAGAAGUCCUCCGAAGACCCCCAAUCGUCGCCGCAGCAAGAAGCACCGCCUCCGCCCCCGCCCCCUCCACCCACGCGAAGGCGCGACAGGGACGAAGGUCGAGACGAUAGGGACCUCGACCGCCCUCCGAGUCGCCGGCCUGACUACUACGAUCGAAAUCGUUCUCCUCCGCCUCCGCCUAUUCGAGAGAGGGAGAGAGAUAGAGAGAGGGGCUAUAAGCGCCGGAGCAGCCUCAGUCCUCCUCCUCCGUACAGGGACCGAAGGCACUCGCCAACUCGGAGGUCUCCACCGCCGCCGUUCAAGAGGUCCAGGAGGGAAGAUGGAGGGUAUGAGGGCAGGAGAGGGAGUCCCAGAGGAGGGUUUGGUCCUGGGGAUAGGAGGUUUGGAUAUGAUUAUACUGGAUAUGACCGUGAGAUGGGGGGUAGACCUGGUUAUGCUGACGAAAGACCUCAUGGUCGGUAUGCUGGACGGUCAUCUGGUGGCUAUGGUCCUCCUGACUGGGAUUCAGGACGUGGUGGUUUUGGUGAUGCUUCCAGCACUGGGACUACCCAAAGAGAAGGGUUAAUGUCAUACAAACAGUUCAUUCAGGAGCUUGAAGACGACAUUCUGCCAGCUGAAGCUGAGCGCAGAUAUCAAGAAUACAGGACGGAGUAUAUUACUACUCAGAAACGAGCUUAUUUUAAUGCGCAUAAAGAUGAGGACUGGCUCAAAGACAAAUAUCAUCCCACAAAUCUACUCACUGUCAUUGAAAGGAGGAAUGAACAUGCACGAAAAGUAGCAAAAGAUUUCCUGCUUGAACUGCAAAGUGGGACCUUGGACUUAGGCCCAGGUGUCAAUUCUGUGGCUCCAAAUAAAUCAGGACAUACUAGUGAACCAAAUUCUGAUGAUGAAGCUGACGUGGGUGGCAAGCGGAGAAGGCAUGUCAGGGAACCAAAUAAAGAAAAUGAUCUUCUUUCAGCUGCUCCUAAGGCUCACCCAGUCAGUUCUGAGCCCAGACGUAUACAAGUUGACAUUGAACAAGCCCAGGCCCUUGUUCGCAAACUUGACUCUGAAAAAGGAAUUGUGGAAAACAUUUUAGCUGGACCUGAUAAUGACAAAAAUAGAGAAAAAUUGCAUGGUGGCUCCACUGGCCCUGUUAUUAUUGUACGGGGUUUGACAUCUGUCAAGGGCCUGGAGGGCAUUGAGCUACUAGACACCCUUAUUACUUAUCUUUGGCGUAUCCAUGGUUUAGAUUAUUAUGGAAUGAGUGAGUCAAACGAAGCUAAGGGUCUCCGGCAUGUAAGAGCAGAGGGGAAGAGUUCCGACAUAAUAAGUAAUGGAGCUGAGUGGGAAAAGAAAAUGGACUUGCGUUGGCAAGAAAGGUUGCAGAGUCAAGAUCCCUUGGAAAUAAUGACUGCUAAGGAAAAGAUAGAUGCCACUGCUUCUGAGUCCUUAGAUCCUUAUGUUCGGAAGAUCAGGGAUGAAAAGUAUGGCUGGAAGUAUGGUUGUGGAGCCAAGGGUUGCACAAAGCUCUUUCAUGCUGCUGAAUUUGUGCACAAACAUCUUAAACUGAAACACCCUGAACUCGUGAUUGAGGUGACUUCCAAACUGCGGGAGGAGCUGUAUUUCCAGAAUUAUAUGAAUGAUGCAGAUGCACCAGGUGGAACUCCUAUUAUGCAGCAACCUGUACUGAGGGAAAAACCACAGAGACGUAGGCCAGGUGUAGAGAAUAGAUUGAAAGACGAACGUGGUAAUCGUAGAGAACGAGAAAAUCGAGUCAAUGGUGGUGAGAGAUAUGAUAGGUCUGAUAACAUGCAAUCAAGUGAAUUUCAGUCCAACAAUGAUGGUCCAGAAGGAGGAAAUCUCGACGAACCAAUGUUUGAUAAUUUUGGUGGACAAGGAGUACGUGUUGGUCCUCCUUUUCCGUCAGAUAUACCCCCACCACCUGUAUUGAUGCCUGUGCCUGGUGCUGGUCCACUAGGACCUUUUGUUCCUGCUCCACCUGAAGUUGCAAUGCAAAUGUUGCGAGAACAAGGUGGUCCUCCACCUUUUGAAGGCAGUGGUAGAAAUGUGUGGUCUGGACCCCAAAUGAGUGGGCCAGCCCCAAUUCUUGCUUUGUCUCCAGCUUUUCGACAGGAUCCUCGUCGUUUAAGAAGUUAUCAAGAUCUAGAUGCCCCAGAAGAUGAAGUCACAGUGAUAGACUACAGGAGCUUGUAGAUAUUUUUAUUGGCAGGUUGGUAUAAGACUCGACUGUCAUUGUUUCCAGGUAAAAACGAUUAUUGUUGAAUUCCAGGUGGGAAUAUUGAUGUGUCUUCGAAAUCAUAUAUCUCUGUAAAUUGAAGUUGUAGACUAUAAAUUCCAGAUGGUUUUCAAUUUGUUUUAAUUUUUUUCGGUCAUAACUUUCAAUUUGUUUUCUGUCUAUCUUUUUAUCAAGGUAAUUUUUGGAUUCGGUUGAUCAAUGAUUGAUAAUCAACUACAGAUGAGGUGGUUCAUUGUGA